ACGAAACUGCUGAGAAACGAUUCGAUUAGUCGCUCGAAGAAAGUCGGAAGAAGAAAAAGUGUUUUUAAAUAUAGCUGCAGUAAAAUUUAAAAAUUUUGGGUGCAUUUCCUCUCAGAUUGCACUAUUUUAAUCGACCUAAACAAAGGAUUCGCCGCAGAAACGCAAGCAGGCAAAAACGCUGAAAACAUUUCAAGUGCAUCGCGAUAAGUGACGGUAAUUUUCUUCGGAAAUAAUAGCCCAUAUACAUAUUAGUUACCGGCGUAGUGUGUGUGUGCUGAAUUUUGAAAAAGGAAAGAAAUCAGUGGAGUGAAUGAAAAUAUUAUUUCCUAACUUCCAGUCCUAAUUUAUAUGAAAGUUAAAAAACAAUUGCAUUCAAGUGUUUGUAUUGUGUGCAGCAGAGGCAAAAAUAUAUCAAACAACAAGCUGAGUUGAAGCUUAGGCAAAAGCGGUGAAUAUCCUUAUAAAUUUCUUUGUGUAGUAUAAUACAAUCAAAUUGCCAAAGUCAUCUAUUGACUGUUUAAGCUACCAUCAAGAUGGCGUGGCGCUUUAAAGCAUCCAAAUACAAGAAUGCCGCACCGAUCGUCCCGAAGCCGGAGGCAUGCAUACGUGACAUCUGUGUGGGAUCGUAUCAGACCUUCGGCAAUAAUAUUGCGGCUUCAGCCGCUUUUAUGGCUUUCAAUUGGGAACACACGGGUUCGAGUGUUGCUGUGCUACCAUUGGACGAUUGCGGACGUAAAAGCAAAAUAAUGCCAUUAUUACAUGGUCAUACAGAUACUGUGACUGAUUUAGAAUUCUCACCCUUUCACGAUGGGCUCUUGGCCACAGCGUCACAAGAUUGUCUCGUUAAAAUCUGGCAUAUACCGGAAAAGGGUUUGGAGGCAUCACUCUCUGAUCCCGAAUGUGUGUUUUCCCACAAGCAACGUCGUGUAGAGACAGUCGGGUUUCAUCCUACUGCUGAUGGUUUGCUACACUCCACCGCUGUUGGUUGUGUCACACUCUUCGAUAUAACAACACAAAAGGAACUUUUCUCUAAUAAUGAACAUCCCGAGGUCAUACAGUCGGUAAGCUGGAAACAGGAUGGCACAACACUUGCUACCAGCUGCAAGGAUAAGAAUGUGCGCAUAUUGGAUCCACGCAUCGCUGACUCACCCAUACAAAUGGUCGCAGAGUCACAUCAAAGUAUUAAGGACUCGCGUGUCGUGUGGUUGGGCAACCAGACGCGUAUACUGACCACCGGUUUCGAUUCGGCACGUUUGCGUCAGGUUAUCAUACGUGAUUUGCGUAACUUUUCAGUGCCGGAGAAGACAUUGGAACUCGAUUGUUCCACCGGUAUACUUAUGCCACUGUACGAUCCCGACACAAAUAUGUUAUUCCUUGCUGGAAAGGGUGACACAACCAUUAAUUAUCUGGAAGUGAGCGACAAAGAUCCCUACCUGACUGAAGGUCUACGUCACACCGGCGAACAGACCAAAGGUGCUUGUUUGGUACCAAAGCGCGCGCUUAAAGUAAUGGAAGGCGAAGUGAAUCGUGUACUGCAGUUAACUUCCAACAUGGUUAUACCCAUUAUGUAUCAGGUGCCACGCAAGACUUAUCGUGAUUUCCACAGCGAUCUCUACCCGGAAACCACGGGCUAUAAGACCGAACUCACGGCCAGCGAAUGGUUCGGUGGCGCCAAUAUGCCUGUGCCAAAGAUGAGUUUGGAUCCCGCAAAGCGUGAAUUGGGCGACUCACCCAUAAUUGUACAUCGUGGUAAUUUGAGUGAUUUAAUUAAAAAUAUAGAAAACAAAAAACUAUGCAACAAAACACCAACCCUAAAAUCGCCUAACAAUGCGAUGGUCUCAAGCAAUGUGUUGCAACAACAACGCAACGGUAAACAUUUCUCAAUGAAAACAAGCAUAGAAAAUGAAAAGGACGAUAGCGAAAAAGCGCGUUUGCACGAGAACAACGCCAGCGAAACGGAAAAAGCUGAGGAGCAAGUUGGAACCGUGGGAUUUACUAAAUCCGAAUUGCUACGUAAAUUCGACAACAAAUAUAAAACUGAUUCGGAGAAGGAUGGCAAAGAUACGGAGUUGAUGCGACGCUUUAGUCGCGAAUCACCUGCUGAUGAGUCAACAGGCAGCAGUGAGGAUGCCUCUAUGGCAAAUGCGGCCGAUUUAUCAUCGCCACAGCAGCAACAGCGUGAACGCGAGGGCAGUAGUGGCAGCGUUGGUAGCGGUGUAACCUCACCACCGCGUCCGAUGCCGCGUACGUCGCGUAAUAAUUCUCUAGGCGAUGCAGCCACAACUGCCGCACUCGCCAGUGGUGGUAGUGGUGAUGAGGUUAUGCCGCGACCACGUCCACGCACUACGGCUGCAGCCGCUUACAAGCCACGCCUUGGACCCAAACCAUUUUCCAGCAAUUCCGGCGAUGUUUCGUUCGACAAAGUCUUCGCUGUGCCAGUUGCUCCUGGUUCGCAGGAAAAUAUACAUCAUGCUUCUACAGCAGGUUCGGCUGACAAUGGUGGCGAUAGUUUUGUUGCGCCAGCACCACCGGCCCCAGUGCCGGCCAUAACACCAAACAAACCCGAUCUGAUUGUGGAGAUCGAAAUUAAAAAACCCAAUGCUGAUAAUGGCGGCGACAGCAGCGUACAGAAAUCUCUGUCGACUUCCGAGCGUCGCAAGUCCUCGGCUGAUGCUGAUGAAUCGCCCGAUAAGAUUUUCGAGCAAACACAUUCGGAGUCUUCGGAGAACUCUACGGAAGGUGAUGAUAAGCCUGAUGCGGAAUUGCGUCGUUUCUCGGCUGCACGAAACAGUAUUGCCGAAAGGCGACGCUUGUAUGAGAGUCGUUCGAAGAGUACGGUCGAGGAGAAAUCGCAAUCGCCAGUGCCACUUCGUCGCGAACUCUCCAAGGGUGAACCGUUUAAACCACAACAACAAGCCAAUUUGGUCACACCAACAGCCGAUGUCAAACGUAUUUCUGCACCCGAGGGUAAACUCUUAGAGGAGCGUCGUCGCAAUGUCACAACCACGGUGGAUGGUGGCGCUGCCAUUAAAAAGUCUGCAACUGAAGCGGCAAUAACCACCACACAUAAACGCACCUCGACCGUUUUCGGCAAAGUUUCGAAAUUCCGUCAUCUAAAAGGUACGACCGGUCACAAAUCCACACACAUUGAGAAUCUACGCAAUCUCAGUCGUCAGAUACCAGGUGAAUGUAACGGCUUUCAUGCCAACCACGAACGUGUCGCUGUGCCCUUAUCGGGUCCUGGCGGUAAAAUUGCCAUAUUCGAGUUAAGCCGUCCGGGUCGUCUACCCGACGGUGUCAUACCUUCCUUGGUUAACGGCAGCAACAUAAUGGAUUUCCAAUGGGAUCCAUUCGAUUCGUCACGUUUGGCUGUGGCCUGCGACGAUGGUAUAGUUAAGUUGUGGCGUAUACCAGAAGGUGGACUCAAUGAGCCAACAAACACGCCGGAACGUGAACUUAUUGCACAUUUGGAUAAGAUUUACUUUAUACGCUUUCAUCCGUUGGCCGAAGAUGUGCUCUUGACGGCCAGUUACGAUAUGACAAUUAAAUUGUGGGAUUUACACACUUUGGAAGAAAAAAUACUAUUAACCGGUCACACCGAUCAGAUAUUCGAUUUGGCCUGGAGCCCUUGCGGUAAGAUGGCCGCCACUGUGUGCAAAGAUGGCAAAUUACGUGUCUACAAUCCACGCAAGUCGGAGACGCCCAUACGUGAAGGCAACGGUCCGGUGGGUACGCGAGGUGCGCGUAUCACUUGGGCGCUGGAGGGUCAAUAUAUCGUCUGCACUGGCUUUGAUAAAGUUUCUGAGCGCCAGAUAAGCGUUUACAAUGCACAAAAGCUGAAUGCACCACUGAAUACGGCCAGUCUGGAUGUCUCACCAUCCAUACUGAUACCUUACUAUGAUGAGGACAGUUCGACAUUGUUUGUGACGGGCAAAGGUGACUCGACCAUUUACUGCUAUGAGAUUACAGAUGAGGAGCCAUACAUUUGUCCUUUAUCGCAUCAUCGCUGCACUUCACUGCAUCAAGGUUUGAGUUUUCUCACCAAAAAUCAUUGUGACGUUGCGAGUGUGGAAUUUUCGAAAGCGUACAGAUUAACUAACACGACCAUUGAACCGCUGAGUUUCACUGUGCCACGCAUUAAGAGCGAACUAUUUCAAGACGAUCUUUUUCCGCCAACACGCGUCACAUGGCAGCCCACACUGUCUGCGGAUGAAUGGUUUGCAUGCAACGAUAGGAAAGCGACUAAGUUGAGUCUGCAGCCUGAGGGCAUGGAAGCCUUAUCAUCAAUUCAGCAAGUCGCCCCCGCUAAGAAGAUAGAGCAUGCGGGCAAUGGCAGUAGUGGCGGCGCAAUGACUCGAGCGGAAUUCGAGAAGAAUAAACAACAAGAGAUUCAAAAGUCAGUCAGUGCCCGCUUGGAGUACAAUACCAAACUGGAGCAGGACGACAUGGAAGGUGUGGAUGAAAAUGAGUGGCAAGAGGAUUAAAUAUUUUGUCAAAAGCAAAAAAAAAGCAAAACCAGUCAGUGUGCAACUAAGCGCUGGCACUUAGCAGUAUAUUACAUUAAGUUAAUGUUUAUGAGCGUAAAUGAGUAUGAAGCGUGCAUACCAUUAGAAUAACUUUUAUAUGUAUGCAAAGACAUACAGACAAAUAUAUAUAUUUUUUAAAUAUAUUUAGAAAUUAUAUUCGUUUUCACAGUACAUUCUCAGUCAGAACAUUCGAAGCAUUUAUAGUUACAAGCAACAGUAUAACGUCAAAUAAUUAUGCUGACAAAGAAAUUUCAUACACCACUUCCAAUAGGAAUUGCUACGAUAUUCGAAAAAAAAUCAAUCAGUUAUAUUAAAAACUAAACACUUCCAGGGACCAAAUUUACAUUACAAUACAAAAAGAACAAAGGUAUAUAACGCAAAAGACUGCAUAUAACUGUAUUUUAGUUAGUUGGAAGAUAUUUAUGUGAACCGUGAACUUCCUUUUUUUUAUAAACUAAAUUUAUAAUUAAUGAAACUUAAGCAUAUUUUUAUUAAUACUCAAUAUUUGCCAAAAAAGAAAUUCGAACACCAACUCGAUGCUAACAUUCCACAAGAAAAAUUAACUAUUAAAUAUGUUUUUUAAUGAUUUAUAAACGCGUUGUUUACUAAAAAAAAGCGAAAUAUGUUAAACUGAAAUUUGAGGUUAUAAUUGAGAAUUUUUUGUAUUUACGACUUAACGGAAAAUUGGAGAAGACAUUCGACUAUCGUAUUUAGUUUUAUUUGAAGGAAAGUGUCUAAUUAAAACUGUUGCCAUAAGACAUGCAAAUUCCUCUCGAUUAUUUACAAAUAUUUAAUGACUAUAAUUAAAUGGAUAUAUUUAUAUACAUGUAUGUGUAGUGGAUAUACCGUGAAAUAUGCAUCCAUACAUACCGUAAUUAAGGCAUACAAAUUUAUGUAAUCUAUUUUAUAACUGAUAACUAAUGGAUAAACUAAUGAAAUGAUUAUGAUGAUUAUUAUGAUAAUGACAAAGCUGAUGUGACAACUUUUUUCUCUUUAACAUACACACAUAUGUAUUUAUGUUUAUUAUCUUAUAUAAUGAACUGUAAAUUAAUAAUUUAUAAUAACAUAAACUACAAAAACAUGACAAAUUAUGUUACAAAGAAAACUUUUGCUCUCUAGUCUUCGGGUAAAGAAUAUAUAUGCAUAUAUAUUUUUUUUGGAAAUUUAAAAACUUUCUGCUGCACUACUCGUAAAUACUACCUUCAAACAAUCAAGCGAUAAAUGAACCGUUCAAUAUACAACUUUCAGCGGCAACAUUACUUGUCUGUAAUAUUUUAUGGGUAUUGUGCUUCAUAAGGGGUAGGAAGAGAGUAUAGACAUAGUUGAAAUAAAAAGUGCACAAAAGCCGCUUGAAAUUUAA